UCUCCUCCCACUGCUCCUCGGCUGACGUGUCUGCAGUUCCUCCGCGUCUCCUGCGAGUCGGGCCGUGAUGGCGGACGCCUGGGAAGAGAUUAGGCGGUUGGCGGCCGACUUCCAGCGGGCACAGUUCGCCGAGGCCACGCAGAGGUUGUCCGAGCGGAACUGCAUUGAGAUCGUUAAUAAAUUGAUUGCUCAGAAACAGCUAGAAGUAGUUCAUACACUUGAUGGAAAGGAGUAUAUUACUCCAGCCCAAAUUAGUAAAGAAAUGAGAGACGAGCUACAUGUCCGAGGUGGUCGAGUAAACAUUGUUGAUCUACAACAGGUAAUUAAUGUGGACCUGAUUCAUAUUGAAAAUAGAAUUGGUGACAUUAUUAAAUCAGAAAAGCAUGUUCAGUUAGUGUUGGGACAACUGAUAGAUGAGAAUUAUUUGGAUUGGUUAGCAGAAGAAGUAAAUGAUAAACUGCAAGAAAGUGGUCAGGUCACCAUAUCAGAACUGUGUAAAACCUAUGAUCUUCCUGGAAACUUUCUGACACAGGCGCUAACUCAGCGACUUGGUAGAAUUAUCAACGGACAUAUUGAUCUUGAUAACAGAGGAGUAAUUUAUACAGAAGCUUUUGUAGCUCGACAUAAAGCACGUAUCCGUGGACUGUUCAGUGCUAUCACCCGGCCUACAGCUGUGAAUUCUUUGAUUUCAAAAUAUGGAUUUCAGGAGCAACUUCUUUACUCUGUGCUUGAGGAACUUGUUAAUAGCGGACGCUUACGAGGCACUGUGGUUGGUGGGAGACAGGAUAAAGCUGUGUUUAUCCCUGACAUCUACUCCAGGACACAGAGUACUUGGGUGGAUUCCUUUUUAAGGCAGAAUGGCUAUCUAGAAUUUGAUGCUUUGUCCAGACUUGGAAUCCCAGAUGCUGUAAGCUACAUAAAGAAAAGAUACAAAACUACACAACUCUUGUUUUUGAAAGCAGCUUGUGUCGGUCAAGGACUUGUGGAUCAAGUGGAAGCAUCAGUAGAAGAAGCCAUCAGCUCUGGAACAUGGGUUGAUAUUGCACCUCUGCUACCCACUUCUUUAUCAGUUGAAGAUGCUGCCAUAUUACUUCAGCAGGUGAUGAGGACAUUCAGCAAACAGGCCUCAGCUGUAGUCUUUAGUGACACUGUUGUAGUCAGUGAAAAAUUUAUAAAUGACUGUACAGAACUGUUCAAUGAGAUGAUGCACCAGAAGGCUGAAAAGGAAAUGAAAAAUAAUCCUGUGCAUUUAAUCACUGAAGAAGAUCUGAAACAAAUCUCCAUUUUAGAAAGCGUUAGCACAAGUAAAAAGGAUAAAAAAGAUGAGCGAAGAAGGAAAGCAGCAGAGGGCAGUGGAAGCAUGAGAGGAGGAGGUGGGGGCAAUGCCAGAGAGUACAAAAUAAAAAAAAUCAAGAAGAAAGGAAGAAAAGAUGAUGAUAGUGAUGAUGAAUCUCAGUCAUCCCAUACUGGAAAGAAGAAGCCAGAGAUCAGUUUUAUGUUCCAGGAUGAGAUUGAAGGUUUUUUAAGGAAACACAUACAAGAUGCCCCUGAGGAGUUUAUUUCGGAACUUGCUGAGUAUUUAAUAAAACCUCUUAAUAAAACUUAUCUCGAGGUGGUACGUUCAGUAUUCAUGUCUUCAACAACUUCUGGGACGGGCAGAAAACGCACAAUCAAGGACUUGCAAGAAGAAGUUUCAAACCUGUACAAUAACAUUAGGUUAUUUGAAAAAGGGAUGAAGUUUUUUGCAGAUGACACACAGGCUGCUCUUACCAAACACUUGCUGAAGUCAGUGUGUACUGAUAUCACUAACCUCAUUUUCAACUUCUUAGCUUCGGAUUUAAUGAUGGCAGUAGAUGAUCCUGCAGCCAUUACAAGUGAAAUAAGAAAAAAAAUUCUAAGUAAAUUAUCAGAAGAAACCAAAGUAGCUCUUACAAAACUCCAUAACUCUUUGAAUGAAAAGAGCAUAGAAGACUUCCUUUCUUGUCUGGAUUCUGCAGCAGAAGCUUGUGAUAUUAUGGUUAAAAGGGGAGACAAAAAAAGGGAAAGACAGAUACUGUUCCAACAUCGACAAGCCCUGGCAGAACAGCUAAAGGUCACAGAAGACCCUGCUCUUAUUCUGCACCUCACAUCAGUUCUGUUGUUUCAGUUUUCAACCCACAGCAUGCUCCAUGCACCUGGAAGAUGUGUCCCACAGAUCAUUGCUUUUCUUAAUAGUAAAAUUCCAGAGGAUCAGCAUGCUCUUUUGGUAAAGUACCAGGGUUUGGUUGUAAAGCAGCUAGUCAGUCAAAAUAAGAAGACUGCACAGGGAGAUUAUCCCUUGAAUAAUGAAUUAGGCAAAGAACAAGAAGAUGUUGCCAAUACUACUCGUAAAGAGCUUCAAGAACUUUCUUCAUCUGUUAAAGAACUUGUUCUCAAAUCUAGGAAAUCGUCUGUGACAGAAGAGUAACGAUCUUAAUUUACAUUUGUCAUAUAGUAAGCAUUUUCCCCCAAGGUUGAAGGUGAGUGGUCACAAAAAAGUAGUCACUGUACAACUCCCAUCUCCCCCCAGAUACCACCUCACACACACACAAUUCAGUUAAAACAGUACUGUUGUAUUAAAGGUAAAUGUUAAAAAGAUGUGAAUUUUUUGUUCUUCAUGGAAGUUUUUUUUUUCCCACCUUAUUUUCACACAAAUGCUAUAUGAAGUGUUUCAUAUAAACAUUUUCACAUAAUUUUAAAAAUUACGUAUUUUAGGUUUGUUUUCUUUCCAAAUCUUGAAUGAAAAACAAAUUUUCUGAUCCAUUCACCCCUGGGAAAGGAUUCAUUUGUUGCGAGUGCCAGUGCUACACUUAUAUACAUUUAAGCAGAAAUUUAAAAUGUGGUCAUGCUUUUUUAUAAAGAAACAUUUCUGUGUCAGAAGUGAAAUGAAAUCAUGUAUUGUAUUUCAAAAUUAAUAGAAAACACUUCAAAACUAAAAUAUUUUUUUGCAAAUUUCUGUGUUUUAUUACUAAGCCCUUGCUCUUAUUUUUGGCAGAUUUUAGUUGGGGCUACAAGGAUGCCCUUACAGGUGCGCAGGAACACUAGAGGGGCUCAUGCAUUGCUGUGUUCUAUUCUAAAACAAGCUACUAACAAGAGAGAGAGAACACAUAGAAUUUAUCACCAGUAAGCAUAAGUCAUAUUUAACAUUGGAAUAACUAAACAUUUUAUACAAAGAUUUUUCUCUGACCUAGUUUACUUUUGUACAUUUUAUUUUAAUUCAGUAGCUGCUCUAUCACAUAAUACUUUGUAAAUACUAGUGUGAAAAACAGAUAGGAUGCCUUUUUCAGUCGUAAGAGUAUCUGUAAGUGCAUUUAGAUCAUUAGAAGCUUUUUUCCAAAACUAGAAGCCCUUAUUUAAAAAAGAGGUAUUUUUGUUUUCUAAAGAUUAUUAGUUAGAAAUAACUAAAGAGUUCCUUAGAAUAAUCAUUUCAACCAACUGAAUUUCAAGCAACAACUUAUUAUUUAUCAGAAAGGAAUUAUUUUGAUAUAACUAUAAAUUUCAAAUGUUUAAAAAAUACUAUUUUAUAUAAUUCCUUAUGACAUUUUAAACUUUAUAUUUUACACUAUUUGAAUACAAAAAGAUCAGUCUACCUCUACUCAUUCUAGACAAAAAUAUUAAUCUUUACUGAAAGUAAUUAAUUAAAUUGCUGACUUAAUUAAGUUGAUAGGAAUGCAACAUUAAAUUUAAAAAUGUUUUUCCAUGGGUAAUUUUCUAUUAUAUAUUUUCAUAUUGGCAAAGGAAAAAAUGAUAAAUUCUCUGUGAUCACAAACCCCAAUUUUGUUUGUUUAUUCAGCUUCUAAAAUAUUGAACACCCAGACUUUUAAUUCAACCUUUAAGAACCUUACAUUUAUGUUCAGCAAAUAUCAAAGUAAUCCAUGUUUGUGUCAAAUGAUCAUAGAAAAUAAAUAAAAGAGAAGGUGAAAAGUAAAAAGAAAACCAUUGUAUUAAUGGUUUUACUUGUAUUAAUUUUUUUUCAUUUAUCAAAAUGCUUAUGUUGCCACAGUAAAGUUUUUAUUAUUUUGUAAGUAAAAUUACAUGGUUGAUUUUGUAUGUAAAGAUUAGUUUCCUUAACAAAAAUUAUUAAAUGUUUACUGUGAUCUUAAUGGGCAAGAUUAAGAACGUUAUUUAAAAUAAAGUUACCUGUUCUA